AUGAAUCCUUCUGUUUCCAUGUCUAGCCAAGGCCCUGCAUCACUGGAGCACGGAUCCAGUAUUUGGCAGCAGCUAAUUCAAGGUAAAGUAGGGUUUUUAGAUGCACUUUUCCCUUUAUUUUAUCAUCUUUUUCAAAAUAAUACAAUUCCCGUUUUAUUAUAUUACCUUUGUGCAACAUUAUGGGGAUUACAAACAUUAUUUCUUGGCCUCUGGCCCUUUACUAAGUUCUGGGAGAGUAAUAUGACCGAAACAGAAACAAAAAUUUUCAAAUGGCUAAAAGCAGUAUGUCUUUUCAUCAACCAUCCAUACGACACUCAGCAAGCUUGUAUCAAAGAAGCAGUUUUCUUCUUAUUGAACGUAUUAUCCGUUAUUUGUAUAAUAUUCAAUAUACACUAUUAUAAGACGCACAGAUCGUUUAAAAAGUUCCUAUUGUUACCUCUACAUCCAUAUCUUCUUAUCGCUUUCAUUGGAAUUCUUCCGGCCGGAUAUAAUCUUGGAGAAACUUACAAAAAGCUUAUUCGAAAUGAAGUUGAUGCAUAUUUAAUAGUCACGAUUAUACUUGGCGUUUUUAAUGUAAUCUAUCAACUUGGAUUUCAUUAUGUCUCAAUGAAUAUGUACGGCAAAAGUGUUUUCAUUACAAAUAUGCCAUUUAUGGCGUUUGACCCACUCAUGAACUACAUUGCUGCCAUGGUCGAUACAGUAAUUUACCUCUCUACUUUUAUCUUGUCAUACUUCGCAGAUUGGGCAUGUCUAAUUGCUAUCAUAGCCAAUAUCUGUUUCCUCUGUUACUUAAUUCCUCACUUAAUGAACCUUUUAUACGUAGUUCACCUCUCAAAUAUGAUUAUUUUUGCAAUUUUUUGCUCAAUUAUCUGUUCAAACUUCAUGAUGUUUGUUGCAUACUUCUUCCCAACCAUGAAACACUCUAUUUGCUUCAUUUUCCUUCUUGCAGCGUAUUUAUUUUUUUCAGGAAUCAGCCCAAUUGUCCUUCAUUUCUACAGAAAAUACUAUAUCAAGAAGUUGUCUGUCACAGAUGAAUCAAUUAUAUCGGAUAGAAAGGAAUAUUUUGACUCAUUAAAAAUUAAAAAUUCAGAUAAAAAAGCUUUGAUGCUUUUAACGCUUGGAUUCAAAUUUGCAUGCCCAUUGUUUACAGAUUUCUCACUUAUUGAGUACUUAUUUGAUGAAAAUACUUCGACAUAUCUUUUAUCACAUCUUACUCAGAUCGUAAACUUCUUUCCAGGCGAAACAACAAUGUUAAACCGCAUGACAGGUCUUCUUAUGUCAAGGAGAGAUCUCAGUAUUGGAGCCAGAUUCUUAAUUUACCAAAUCUACAAAAUUAAAACGAUCAGACAAUACUCAGCAUCAAGUGCCGAAUCUAAUUCGAAGCUUAAUGAGCUCAGAAACACGAGUCUUCAGGUCGAAUACAUCACAAGAAGUGCUUUGGAGUCACAUGACUUAAAACCAGGAUAUUAUGAAGAACUUGCAAAAAGAUCGAACAGAACAAACGCAAUUUGGCAAGAAGCAUUGAACGAAUAUCCAAAUAACGCGAAGUUUUAUGAUGAAUAUUCACGUUAUCUCGUUGAAGCCGAAUCGAAUUACCCUGAUGCUAUAUAUGCCAGACAUAAAAGCAACAUGAUAGAGAUGGGAAAGAACUAUUCAGUUGAUUACUGUCUGAGAUCAAUGAUCAGAUGUUUCCCUGUAUACAUAAAGAACCAAAUUAUCGAUGCAAAAGGAAAUUUGCUUGGAAAGAAAUUCAAAAAGUCAAAAAGUGAAACAAACUUUACAUCGCAUUCCGAUGGUUCUGACAAAGAAAAAACAGAUGAACUCGAUGACGAUGUCAUGGAAAGUGUUGGUAGAUCAACAAUCAGCCAAUACAAGACAAGAAUUGCUUUACAUAAUGCUUUGAAAAACAAACUUCCGAAGUCAAUAACAUCAUUAAUUCCUAUAACAAUUAUUGUAUUGUUAUUGAUUUGUUUAAUGGCCAUUUUCAUUGUUAUUUUCAGCCGCUCUAAAAUAAAGAAACAAACAAUGUCAAUGGAAUUAUUGGAUGGAAUUUCGAAAACUAGAUUUUACAUUGCUCUUAAUGAUAUGGAAAUUCUAAUGAGAUAUUCAGUGGACAAAGGAAGUUACGAAAAAUAUGAAACAUUAAUGAGACAACUCGCCGCAAACUGUUCUUCAAAAGAUUAUUUGAUUAAUGCUUUCAAAGACUUUUUGUAUCAAAGUUUCUUCAAUUUGCAAAGCGCAAUUUCUGAAUAUGAUGGAAUGAUGAAUGAUUUAGCUGAUUUUGCAAAUGCUGGAUAUGAUGUCUACAACAUUUCUAAGAACUUGAUACAAACAAAGCAUCAAUUAUAUACUUGCUAUGGAGGAUAUCCCAUUUAUAUUGUUAAUGACACUGUUUCUACAAUGAUUACGAUUUUACUCGCACAUCAAUCGUAUAUUGUUACAAGAGUUAAUGAUAAUAUUUCUGAUAUGUUUACUCUACAUCAAUUCUGUGAAUUAAUUGUUAAUUUAAGACUGUUUUAUAUGACUGUUCCACAGAUAUUUACUGAUUUCUGCGAUUUCCAGAUUAGAGAAGGAGAAAAUUUGCAGAAAAAGUUCAAAUUUAUUUUAUAUACUUUGCCUGUAAUUGUAACAUUACUCGCGUUUAUUCCUAUAUUAAUAAUUCACUACCUUAUCAACAGAUCUUUGAGAGAAAUCACCCAAAUUAUAGAGAGUUUCGACACAAAAACGAAAACUGAAGCAAAAGAAUUAAUUUCUGUAAAUACUAAAAAUGAUGAAAAUGUAACACUUUCUGAGAUGAGUGUUACAUCAAAUGAAUCGGGUGUUCUUAUAGCAAUUAUAUGCAUUGUUGGUCUUAUGUUUGUUGCUAUUAUUGUUGCGAUGACGAUGUUAUCUUUUAAUUCAAACAAAGACAUUGUAAAUCUCAAUAAAUGGGAUCAAUACGCAACAUUGAGAUUGUCUUUAACAGCAGAAGUAAUGAAUACAUUAACUUUCGGAGUUGCUCAAUUCGAUAAUCCUAAUUCAACUAGAGUUUCUACACCUGCUGCUGCACAACAAAUGGUUGAUGAACUUUUAGAAGAAUUGAUGUCAGUAAAUCAUGAUUUGAUACAAGGAACUCAAGAUUCUCCCGCAUGCAAUGGAUUUGAUUCUAUUUUGGAUAAUGAGAACUUCGUGGAUAAUGUAAUUAAUGAUACUUCAAAUCUUGAUAUACAUUCGAUCUAUGAAAACUCUUCAAUUAACUCUCAAUUGAAAGUUUUUUAUGAUUACGUUUCAACAACAAGUCGUGAAUUUACAACAUCAACAGCAAUUUCGAAAGUUCCUUAUGCACAUUCAGUUCAUUUAUUGAGUUAUCAUUUAUCUCCAAAGAUGUUGAAAGUCACAACACGUUUGAAAGAACUUGCAGAUGUUACUUAUAACAAACUUGUUUUGACAAACGCACUUUUGAUUAUUCCUUUGUUUGUUUUAGUUAUUGUUUUCGCAAUUCUGGUGAGUGUUUAUUACAAUUUGAGAAGAGAUACUUAUAACACAAGUCUCUACAUUCUCAAGAGAAUUAAUCCUGUCAGUCUUGUUAACAACAAAUUGUUCAGUAACAGAUUCUUAAAGCAUGCGAAUGAAUCAACAAGUGAUAAUAAGACAGUUUCAGGAAACAUUAUUUAUAAUUCUCAAGACGCAAUAUUCUUCACAAACUCUCAUGGAAUUGUUGAAAUCGUUAAUCCAGCAGCAACAACACUUUUAGGAUAUACUCCUGAACAAACACUUGGUCAAUCUGUUUCUGUUUUCUUCGUACAAGAUGAUGAAAACAAAGUUCAUACACAGAUGGAGAUGAUCUUGAAAGGCCAGGCAUCUCCUUUCUUUGAAGAUGAUGUAACAGCAGUUACUGAUUCAUGCCAAUAUAUGCCAUGUAAAAUGACAAUCAUUGGCGUGAAAUCUCCAAAUUCUUCUGAAAUCAAGUCAUUUGUUUUAUUGUUGAGAGAUCAAACAGUUUUGAUUGAACAACAAAAACAAGCUGAACUUGCAAAAGCAAACUCAGAAAAGCUCCUUUACCAGAUUCUCCCAAGAGACAUUGUUUUGCAGAUAAACAGAGGAGAAAAAGACAUUUCUUUCACAGUUCCUUCUGCUUCAAUAGUCUUCAUUGAUGUUGUUAAAUUCUCUGAUUAUUCGAGCUCUUUGAUUCCACAAGAAAUCAUGUCAAAUUUGAGCUUUUAUUUCAACACUUUAGACACAAUUAUGACGAAAUUUGAGCUGCUCACGAAGAUCAAAUUGAUUGGAGAUAUAUACAUGGCAGCUGGAGGUUUGUUCAAUCCUGAAUUAUCUCCUCAAAAACAUGCAGAACAAAUUGUUCUGUUCUCAACAGAAGUCAUCGGAGAACUUGAAGAAAUCAACUUGAAACUUAACUCUUCUUUGAGUGUAAGAGUUGGCGUAAAUACAGGAGGUCCUAUUAUUGCAGGAGUUCUCGGAAAGGACAAACCAGUAUUCGAUAUCAUUGGCGAUCCUAUUAAUAUAGCAUCAAGACUCCAAUCAACUGAUAUUGCUAACCACGUUCAGAUUUCUCAGUCAACAUUUGAGUUGAUUUCAUCACUGAAUUUGAACAUCAAACCAAGAGGAGAAGUCUUUUUGAAAGGUAAAGGAAAACAGAUGACUUAUUUAGUUGUUCCUAACUCUAUUCAGGAUUCUGUCGAUUUGGAGAUUCCAAUGCAGUUGAGUGGAACAAACUUAGAAAUAUUGAAGCCUUUGUCUUCUUCACUCGCAAGAUUCCAAGUCGCAUCACUCAAAUAA